AUGUCUGCGCCCAUGACAGGUACAGACCACUUAUCCCACAUUGAGCAUGUCAUUCUUGUCCUGUCUGGAAAAGGUGGUGUUGGUAAGAGCACUGUGGCCACACAGAUAGCUCUCGGUCUGAAGCAUGCUGGGAAGAAGGUUGGAUUAUUGGAUCUGGAUUUAUGUGGACCAAGUAUUCCUCGUAUGUUUAACUUGGAAAACCAAGACAUCCACCAGUGUCCUGAAGGAUGGCUGCCUGUAUUUGUGGACAAGGACCAGCACCUGUCAGUCAUGUCCAUAGCAUUUCUCCUAGAGGAUGCCAAUGAUGCCAUUGUGUGGAGAGGCCCUAAGAAAACAGCUAUGAUAAAGCAGUUCCUCAGUGAUGUGGUUUGGCGUGAUCUUGAGUACCUGGUGAUAGACACGCCUCCUGGCACUUCAGAUGAACAUAUCAGUGUGGUAGAGAGUCUCAAGUCCUACAACCCUGAUGGAGCUGUUCUUGUUACUACACCUCAGGCAGUUGCUGUUGGAGAUGUUCGCAGAGAAUUAACCUUCUGUAAGAAGACACACAUUCCGGUCAUUGGUAUUAUUGAGAACAUGAGUGGUUUUGUCUGUCCACAUUGUACAGAAUGUACAAACAUUUUUUCAAAGGGUGGUGGGGAGGCUUUGGCGAAGCAGUUUCAUGUUCCUUUCCUUGGUUGUAUCCCUCUUGACCCCAAGUUAACUCACUGUCUGGAGCAAGGGAAGAACUUCUUGGAGGCCUAUAGCGAUACACCAACUCACAAAGCAUUAGAUGCUGUCAUAGAGAGACUUAUCCGCAUUGACAGAGAUCUUCCCUGAUCUUAGAGAAUCUUUCGCCUUUGAUCUUGUACCUGGGACCACAAGCACUCUUUUGGCCAAUACUGGUCAAUAAUGAUGGAAUAUGCACUGAAGCAAGAGAAUAUGCCACUGUUAAUUGGAACACCUAAGAAUUGUAUUUAUUGAUGUUUUGAACACCUAAGUCGACUGGUAUUGAUGUUGGUAUUAUAGUAUUAGUGAUAUAUACCCUGGUAUUUAUUUCUGUAAUUGUCUGCUUUAAACGUGUGUAUUGUAAUGUUUUUGUCCAAAACUCCUGCCCCACUCUAGACUUGUGGAUACAAUACUGUGAAAUACACCUCUUAUAGUCUCCCUUCUAUUUCCGUACUUUACUGAAAUAUCUGCUAUUUUCACAUUUCCCUACCAAGAGGUGGUGGGACUAGUCAUUACACAAAAUGUGUUGGAAUAAGGAGAUGAACUAAACCUUGACAAUGCCAAAAAAUAUGUGGUCCAGGUUCCACCUGUUGUAUCAUUUAUCCUCCACGAAGUUAUAAUUAUUUUAGUACUCCUGAAUUGUGUUGUAGGCCAUUAGCUGAUAUUGAUUGCACCUAACCCAUGAUAUAUAUUGGUUGGUCUCAUUUGAAAUGUGGUGACCUCUGCUACAGUUUUUCACACUGUGCCUUUCACAGUUGUCAAUAUUCUACUAUGAAAUCUAUGCAAGGUAUUGUCAAAGCUUUUAUAGUUUAUUUCUGCAGGUGCUUUGGCCCACAACAGUGUACUGUAUCAUGGCAUAGAGGACAUGGUCUCCUACUCAGUGUUGUGUGUCCUGUUAUAGUCGAUGAAAAAGAAUUAUCUUGAUAAUUUAUGUUCUAGAGCUAUUUGAUAUCCAAUAUUUUUGUUAUUACAUCAGUAGGGAUUUGUUACUGGUUACUGAGAAACCAAAGAGGAUUAUUUCUGGUGGUGUAUAAAGUGCUUAAACCUUAAUACGAGUGCAAUUUACUUAUAUGUGAAAAAAGUAUGCAGUGUGUAAAACAUAAGUUUAACAGCGAUAUAUGUAUAUCUCCAUGAUGAAAUGUAAAGGUGAGGAUUUUACCAAACCUAUAGUGACAUUUCUCAUAAUGUUGAUUAUAUAAAGUUUAUCUUCAAUCUGUAAUUUAAAUGUAUUGUUAACAGAAGUUAGAGCAUUGUAUGAGAACUGAACAAAGGACGUGGUGUUGGGUGAUUGUUUAGCUUAAUUUACAUGGAAAAUGUAAAGUUUUUGUCCUGUUUUUGUCUGUUUGAGCUACCGGGUAGGAGUUGAUAUUAUUCUUAAAAAGACAGAAAAUUAGUUAGAAAAUGAUUCCAGAAGCGUAAUAGUUCAUUUGUCUGAAAAAACUGUCUCUAUUCCACUAACAGGAGAGUUAAGCAUGUAUAGAAAUAAUUUUUGCUGUUUUCAGAUAUGACAGGUUGUCCUCUUUCAACAGUUGUAGGCAGAAUGCAGGAUUUUAUUAUCUUGAAUUUUAUUUUGUUCAAAUGUAGGUGUUUGUUUUGUGUUAACAGUGGUAAAACAUGUGUAUGAUGUGUGAUGUUUAAGGGUCAGUUCAAUAUAGUUAGAAUGUUUUUAUCAGAUUAAAAGUCUUUCAUAAAGAUAAAGUAUGAUGCUUCUUCUGUAGCCAUAUCAGAAUUCUAUUGAUCACAAAAUCUGAUGGACAUUCACAAAUGAUUGAUAGUGUAAUAGUAACUUCCAAGCUAUGUCUCAGUCAUAGGCACAAACAGGUAAGAACAAUAUGAUACCGUAAUAUGUACAUAGGAUACAAAUUCUUACUCUGUUGUAAUGGAUUCAGGCCUUGAAUUAUCAGUGUGUUUCAUUAGAAACAUUUACAAGUUAUCAACUAUGCGAUAUCUUGUCAGUAUCUUCAUGAUUUUAGAUUUGUAAGAUGAUUAAAUUCUUGAAAGCUUCACAAAUUACCAGUAGAUUACAAACAUUCUUGUUAUCCUUGGUUUAACACUGGCUGGAUACAUUUUAUAUCAUUGGUACCUGCAAUAUUCAUUGAAGUCCUAUGAUUACGUGGAUUGAGUAUUCGUAAUAUUAUUUAAUUGAUAAAAAUAUAUCAAUAAUCAGCAACGUAGUAAAUAUUCCAACCACAGUGUCCAUCAUCUCGGUGAAAUUUCUCCGUGCAUUUAAAUUUGGUUUUGUUGAAAUUGAUUGUUUUAAACAUAACAAAGCGUUUUAAAAAUAUUUCAAUUUCAAAGAGAAAACUAUGCUUAAUGUAUUGUAAAUUGUGUUGAGCUUUAUAUUUUACAUGCAUCAAUCCUGAUGUACUUGGUUAUAUGGUUAUGGACAGAAGAUAAAAUAAAUGCUAUUUGAGAAAA